AUCAAGUUGUUCUCAAGCGAGCUAACAAAUACUAGUUUUCUCCUAUUUCGAGGACAGGACUCUGUUGGCAUGAUAUCGAGAAUGCCCGCACAUGGACACCACACAAAGCCCAACAGCAAGUAGCCCCUCUCGUCUUUUGCACCUCAUCUCCCAUCUCCCCAACGCUAUGGGUAUCAAGGGUUUAUGGCCGCUACUUGCACCAUCGUGUACUGAGCAUCAACUGUCCGACUUUGCCAUAUCCCGAGCACUACAAGGGCCCCUAACACCGACAUCUUUAGACUUCACCAUCGGAGUUGAUGCAAGUAUUCUGAUGUAUACAACGUUCAAGGGGCAAAAACGCGCUCAAAUCAAUGUCGGCGAGAAUGACGUCUUGAAGACGCUGUUCUUCCGGCUGUUGCAGCUUGCUGCAACGCCUGCCCGCUACCUCUUUGUUUUUGACGGAAGUGCACGACCAGCCAUCAAACGUAACAAGCAUGUCCGGACCUCAAGCCCCUUUCCUGUCAAGGGACUCAAGGCAUUUAUCCGUGCCAUGGGGUUCGACUGCCAUGAUGCCCCUGGGGAAGCUGAGGCUGAACUAGCAGCUUUAAACGGCUUAGGUGUCAUUGAUGCUGUAAUGACAACUGACAGCGACGCUUUCUUAUUUGGUGCCAAAUGUGUCCUCCGCAUGUACGUUAUCAACCACGAUCCGUACACCAUACAACUCUACACUCAAGAAAGGCUCACGAACACAGUUGACCUCUCCCGAGGUGGUUUAGUAUUAAUGGCCUUGCUUGUUGGCGGUGAUUAUCAUCCCGGUCUUCCAGGCUGCGGAACUGCCACUGCCUAUGCCUUAGCCCAGUAUGGCUUUGGUGAUGAUUUGGUGGAUGCUAUGUUACAUGCUGACCAGCCCAACCUUUCCGCCUUCCUUGCAACCCUCCGAGGUCAGAUAAGCCACGCCGCCAACGUUGACCCCAAGGGGCUAUUCCGCAGCAAGCGCCCCUCAAUUUCAGCAAGCUUAACUCGAGAAUUUCCGAAUGUCAAUGUUCUUAAUGCAUACAUGCAUCCCGCAACAUCAGUCACCCGUGGUGACCCAUUACCCAUCCUCUCGCCUCUUAUGAAGAUUGACAUUCCACGCCUUGCUGAGCUUUGUCAACGCCACUUAUGCUGGACUAGCCAGGAGGUUAUGUGUAAGUUCCGACCGAAGGUCUGGCAUGUAGCUUUCCUCCGACGCGCGUUUUAUGUAAGUAACUUUGAUGAACAUUACUCUACAUAA